AUGGAAAAGGUUUGGCGUCGAGUCGGUCUCCAUUCCUCCCGAAAGAAAAGGGAUGGAAGUGGGACUAGCAGGGAAGUGACGUCAUCAGCCCCGCCGGAGGCCGAGUAUCAAAAUAUCCACACACUGCGAACAGCUGAUUUGAUAAGGCAGAGGCAAGGCGAAGAGAAGUCAACACUCCGUUCGUCAUAUAUCAUACGUAACGGUGAUAACUUCAUACUAGUUGAGAGGAGACGUCGAAGGCGCCGUAGGAGUGGUACCAGGGCUUCAUCAGGCAGCAGGCAUCACACUCCACCCGUAGAGGAGAACGCUCGAACCGAACAAAAACGUCGCCCUCCUGCUAAAUUGAAAAUAUUUGGCAUACAAUGGCCAUUACACUCUAGCGACUCCAGACACACUUCAAUAACUCGUCGUUUUUGUCGCGGUCGUCGAUCCCGUGACGACAACGAGCUCUAUCGCUCCAAUAGCUUUAAAUUCGAGAGAUUCGCUCGGGAGCAGCCCGCUGACGACUUCACUACCGGAUCACAGGUGACAUACCUAUUAUAUAUAUUAAAACUCAUCAUAGUACUUUGA